CUUUUAUUUUGAAAGCCGAUUGGCGUCACUGUGGACGCGUAUCUUUACGUUCUGUGUCAUAGCUGUUUUAACGGAAUGUGGAAAGUAGCGAUGUCGGAGGAAGUUGCCAAGGCGCUACAGUCGGUAGUGGAGCGGGUGAACCAGGCGGCGGCCCGGCGGCCUAAGACACUACCAGCUGUGCCGCCCCGCCUCGUAGCUGUCAGCAAGACAAAACCCCCAGAGAUGGUUGUGGAGGCCUACAGGCAAGGGCAGCGGAACUUUGGAGAAAAUUAUGUUAAUGAACUUGUUGACAAAGCUUCAGAUCCCCUGAUCUUAGAAUCAUGUCCAGAAAUCAAGUGGCAUUUUAUCGGCCAUCUGCAGAAGAAUAACGUCAACAAACUUUUGGGCGUGCAGAAUCUGUUCCUCGUGGAGACAGUCGACUCAGCAAAACUGGCCGACAAGGUCAACAGCUCGUGGCAGCGCGUCAGAGGAGCCAGCAUGCAGAGGUUAAAGGUCAUGGUGCAGGUUAACACCAGCGGGGAACAGAGUAAACAUGGCUUGCCACCAGAGGAUACGGUGAACACAGUGAAGCACAUAGUGACUCAGUGCCCCGCCCUGCACUUCUUAGGACUCAUGACCAUUGGGCGCUAUGGCUACGACCUCACUCUGGGCCCCAACCCAGACUUCCAGAUGCUGCUGAGUCGGAGGCAGGAGGUGUGCGACAGCCUGAAGCUGCCUGUGGAGGAGGUAGAACUCAGCAUGGGUAUGUCCACAGAUUUUGAACACGCGAUUGAGGUGGGUGCCACCAAUGUGCGAGUGGGCAGCAUCAUAUUCGGCAACAGGGAGUAUCCCAACAGUGCACUGAACACUCCUAAUCCCAGUCCAGGUCCUAGUCCUGGUCCAAGUCCAGUUCCCAGCCCAGAGAAAACGUCUAAGAUGGUGUCAGAAGAAGCCGCCAAGAAGAUGCAGCACCUCACCGUGUCUGAACACUGAGGAGGAGCGUCUCCUUUCACAUACCUUUUAAUGAAAAACAAAAGAACCUCUUCACGUGCAAAAUGAACAGCGCAGUGAAGCAGAUCAUCUCCGCAGAGCUCUGCCGAGCUAGGAUUGAGGAAUCCUGCAUUAAUUGUAAAUUGUAUUUGCCUAAUCCUAACUUUUUGUGUGCCCUUGUUGCUCUUUAAGCAUUAAAAAGUGGCACAGAGCUAGUUAAACCUUUUUAACGUUGUUAAAGAAGUGUUGUUAACUUUUAGAGCUCUGACUUCCUCCUCAUGGAAAACCUUUUAGUGAAGGCAACUGGAUACAAGUCAAACUACUGAAAACACAAUGACUUCAGUGAUUCCACAUGAGAUUUCUUUGGAUUUGUUGUGCUGUGUGAUAUUUUCUACUUUUCCACUUAAACAUAUGACGGUGCUGAAAUGUGUCCCCCACAGAUCAGAACCUCCACACAGUACAUUGUACCGCUUUUAUUGAACAGAUGAAAGAAAGACUUAAUAAAUAAUUUAUCCCUUUAUAAUUACAUAGCAUUGUGUGUGUGUGAUAUUGUUUCGUACGGUGUGCCAAAGGUGUCAAAACUGUAUUCUUGAUAUUAACUGAGAGUAAACCCAAGGACGUAUUUGUGUGUCGUGUCCGUGCUGUGCUGCUUUGUUGGAGGGGAGUGUGAGGGCUAACCUAUGCAAAGUGGUGAUUUAGUUUCAUCAUCUGAGCAGGUUUUCACACUGCAGCUGUGAUGGUGUAGCAGUGGUUUCACAUCAGUGUGUGUUCUUUUGUAUUUCGCCAUGAAAAACGGUCAGUUUGUGGUUUAAUGUGUGGUUUUUGUCUACUGAGGCGUUUGGGCGUUGUUUGCUUUGGAAUCGGGCUCAGAGGGAGGCCAAAGCCAAGCAAUAAAUUUUACUGUUGAAACAA